UCGUCACAUAUUUCUCUUUGUUUAUCUUCUCUUUCCUCUCUUUCUCCCCUAAACUUUUUCUUUCCCUCCUCUUUCCAUUGAAUCAAAUGAGAGCAUAAGCGUGUGGGUAGUGGGACCUUCGUGAGACUUGGGUAUUUAAGCUCACCUUAUGAAGCGGGAAGUUGAAAGAGCCAGCAUACUCCAUCUUCUUCUGCAAGUUUGAGCUCUCUCUCUCUUCUUUUCCAUUCAUGGCUCGUAACAAGGAAGCGUUGCUUUUGCUGCUUGAUGUUGGCCCAACCAUGCACUCCGUUCUUCCUGAAAUUGAGAAAGUGACUUCCUUGCUUGUACAGAAGAAGCUGAUCUAUAACAAAUAUGAUGAAGUGGGAAUUGUCUUAUUUGGAACAGAAGACACUGACAAUGAACUAACUACAGAAGUGGGUGGAUAUGACCAUGUUGUGGUUUUGAAAAAUAUUAAAGUGGUCGAUGGAGAUAUUGUUGAGGCCUUGCAACAACUGCCUCGAGGAACCUCUAAUGGUGAUUUUCUUGAUGCUGUCAUUGUUGGCUUGGAUAUGUUAAUAAAAAAGUUUGGAGAAACUAAUAAAGGGAAGAAACGUGUGUGUCUUAUUACAAAUGCACAAUGUCCAAUAAAAUAUCCUUUUGAAGGAACAAAAGAAGAGCAAGUUACCGCCAUUGCUAAGCAAAUGACCAUCCAUGGUAUGAAAAUGGAAAGUAUAAUUCUCAGAGGAAAGAUUAGUCAAGAUGGAAACAAGAGAACAAUGGAUGAGAAUGAUCGUUUAUUAAAUAUUUUUGCUGAGGAAACAUCAACGAGAUUGUUGUAUGUGGAGAAUCCAAUUUCUUUGUUUGGUGCUAUUAAAACCCGGACUAUAACUCCAGUUACAGUUUUCAGAGGGGAUCUUGAACUCAGCCCAAAACUGAGGAUUAAGGUAAUGGUAUACAAGAAAACAGCAGAAGAGAAAUUUCCAACUCUGAAGAGAUAUUCUGAUAAGGCUCCUCUAAAUGAUAAAUAUGCCACACAUGAAGUCAAAGUUGAAUAUGAAUACAAGAGUUCUGAAGAUCCUGAUAAAGUUAUCCCUCCAGAUCAAAGAAUUAAAGGUUAUCGUUAUGGGCCUCAAAUAGUUCCUAUAUCCUCUACUGAGUGGGAGGCUGUUAAGUUCAAAACAGAAAAGGGUGUAAAGCUUUUGGGAUUUACUGAUUCUUCGAAUGUAUUGAGACACCAGUACAUGAAAGAUGUCUAUGUUUUCAUAGCUGAACCUGAAAAUACCAAAGCCAUACUUGCAGUUUCUGCACUAGCAAGGGCUAUGAAGGAAAUGAAUAAGGUGGCGAUUUUACGGUGUGUAUGGAGGCAGGGACAAGCAAAUGUUGUCAUUGGGGUCUUGACACCCAAUUUAUCUGACGGAGAUAAUAUUCCUGAUUCAUUUUAUUUCAAUGUACUUCCUUUUGCUGAGGAUGUACGAGAGUUUCAAUUCUCCUCUUUCACCAAUUUUCCAGCAUCGUGUCAGCCAAAUGAACAACAGCUAGAGUCAGCAGCUAACUUGGUAAAAAUGCUUGAUCUUGCACCACAAGGGAAAGAGGAAGUUUUACGACCUGACUUUACUCCGAAUCCAGUCCUGGAGCGCUUUUAUCGUUUUCUGGAGGUGAAAUCAAAGCAUCCAGAUGCUGCGGUACCUCCUAUUGAUGAUACACUGAAGAAAAUUACAGAGCCUGAUGCAGACCUAGUUUUGCAAAAUCAAUCUGUGAUAGACGCAUUUUGUAGGUCUUUUGAGCUAAAGGAAAAUCCCCUGAAGAAAAGGCGCUUAUUGCAAGAAAAUAUAUCUUCUUCAAUGGAUGAAGAGGGUAAAGGAAACAUUACCGCUCAGCCUGCCAAUCUUAUUGAAUCUGUUAAAGUCGAGAACAUUGGGGAUGUGACUCCAGUCCAAGAUUUUGAAGCCAUGAUUUCACGCAGAGAUAGUCCAGAAUGGGUUGUGAAAGCGAUCAAGGAUAUGAAAAAUAAAAUAUUUGACCUUGUAGAGGACUCCAAUGAUGGUGAUAACUAUCCCAAAGCACUGGAGUGUUUAGUUGUGCUUCGCAAGGGUUGCAUUCUUGAGCAGGAGCCAAAACAGUUCAAUGAUUUCCUAAAACAUCUUUGCAAUUUCUGUCGAGAGAAAAACCUUGAUGGUUUCUGUGAAUAUCUUGCUUCUAAAGAACUCACCUUGAUCUCCAAAACAGAAGCUGCAGACAGUGAAGUUACUGAUGAUGAAGCCAGAAGUUUCUUGGUUAAAUCUGAAACAUAACAUGUUAUUUGACAAAAAUAGGAAGACGUUGUAUCAUUCAUUUGAAUUCACUUGAGAUUCUGACACUUGGAUUUCAUAUGCGAGAAAUUAGAAUUUGGCAUUCUGCGGGCAUACGUACUUGAUAGAUGAAAUGUUCAUACUCUAGUUCAGGAUGUGACAGUGCAGUUGUAAUUAAAUAUGAAGUAGUAUUUCCCAAUUUGGAUGAACUAAUGUUAUUCACCCCAAUAUAAGGGUGUGCUGAUGGAACAUUAAAUUUUGGUCUUUUUUGUGUAUCCACGAGUAGCUCAGCUUUUAUGCAUGCUGCAUACCAAGUUCACUUUGCUCAA